AUGAGCGCCAACGACUAUCGUCCGCUUCUGCGCAACGGCGCGGGGGGGAACAACGGCGACUCCCCGUUGGCCGGCGGUGACGUGGAGCUGGCUUCAGAUAAAAUCGAAUCUGCGGUGAUGGUGUCUCCCGCGACACCCACCGCGCUGCUUUCUCCACGAAGCAUGAAUUUCAGCGAGAGGGUUCCGCCCGAAUGGGCCGUGCUGUUGCUUGGAUGUGCGCUCGGCCUCGCCACAGGAGCCAGCGUCGUCCUUUUCAACUUGGCGGUUCACGGAAUCCACAACCUAGCAUGGGCCGGCACACCAGCAGAGGGAGCAGCGUGGCUGCGCGUGCAGCCCAUCACCACCACUUGGCACCGGAUCAUGCUCAUCCCCGUUAUGGGCGGGGUCGUUGUAGGCAUGCUACACGCCCUUGGCGGCAUCAUCGAACAAAGCCAAAGCCCAUCCCAAGCCCAGGGGCAGAGCCGCGGGGCAACCCUACGUUUAGAGCAGCAGAGAGGAAUAGACUGGGGAGCGGCUUUUACACCCGUAAUUCGAGCCAUUCAAGCAGCAGUAACCCUAGGCACAGGCUCUUCUUUGGGACCAGAAGGGCCGAGUGUGGACAUAGGCAAGGCCUGGGCAGAUGGAAUGGCGGAGAUUUUGAUGAAUACGCAUGAGAGGAAAACAGCUUUGGUGGCUGCGGGUGCAGCGGCGGGUAUUUCAUCGGGUUUCAAUGCGGCGGUAGCUGGGUGUUUCUUUGCCAUUGAAACGGUGCUACAGUCAGUUGCUUCGGAGAACGCGCCCCCGCUUACCACUGCCAUGAUCAUCCUCGCUUCAGUGCUCUCCUCUACAGUCUCUAACGUCGUUCUGGGUGAAGAGCCUGCGUUUACUGUGCCUGAAUACGAGCUGAAAUCGGCUGCCGAGUUGCCACUGUACCUGCUGCUCGGGAUGGUUUGUGGGGUUAUUUCCGUGAUAUUUACCCGGUUAAUCAAGUGGUCCACAGCCUUUUUCGACUUUCUCCGGGACCGCCUCGGCAUCCCGCCAGCUGUCACGCCGGCAUUGGGCGGCUUGUGUGUGGGGUUUAUAGCGCUACAGUACCCGGGUGUCUUGUACUGGGGUUUCAGUAACGUGAACGAGAUCUUACACUCGAGGGAGAGUGCAUCUGCCCCUGGUCCGAAACUGAUGACUCAGCUGAUAGCAGCCAAGAUCGUUGCCACGGCGCUCUGCAGAGGCUCGGGCUUGGUUGGGGGAAUCUACGCCCCGAGCCUGUUCAUAGGUUCGGCAGUAGGCUCGGUGUAUGGGUCACUGGCGGGUGCGGCUAUCCAGGCUGCCAUUCCCGGGAAGGCUGAGGUUGCGGCACCACAGGCAUACGCUUUGGUGGGCAUGGCGGCAAUGCUCGCCUCUGUGUGCUCUGUGCCCCUCACAUCCGUUCUCCUCCUCUUCGAAUUGACUAAGGACUACCGCAUCCUGUUGCCACUCAUGGGCGCGGUGGGGCUGGCCUACUGGGUCUCAUCAGUGGCCAAUCGCAAGAAGCCUGUUCUCUCUCACACCAAGCUCGCCCCCGGCUCUGCCGCAGCCUUUGCUGCUGCCGGCGGGCAUAGUGACUCAGCCCUCACACUCUACUCGCCCUUGGGCACAGCCAUGAACGGCCAUGCCUCUCACCACCAGACUCUAUCCCAUCUGCACGACCACCAUGAGCACCACCACUCGACGCAUUUCGGGGGCCCUCCUCUGUCCCCGACGCAGCUCAGGGCGUCUUCGUCGAUCUCGUGGCAUCGGGGGAGUGGUGGUGGGAGCAGUACGGGGGGUGGGAGUGGCGCAGAGGACGUGGAGUUGUGUGCGGUUGAGGGACGCCCCUUUCUCCAUCCCUCCCUUCCUCCAUCCCUCCCUUACUCCAUCCCUCCCUUCCUCCAUCCCUCCCUUCCUCCAUCCCUCCCUUCCUCCAUCCCUCCCUUCCUCCAUCCCUCCCUUCCUCCCUCCCUCCUCCAUCCCUCCCUUCCUCCAUCCCUCCCUCCUCCAUCCCUCCCUUCCUCCAUCCCUCCCUUCCUCCAUCCCUCCCUUCCUCCAUCCCUCCCUUCCUCCAUCCCUCCCUUCCUCCAUCCCUCCCUUCCUCCAUCCCUCCCUUCCUCCAUCCCUCCCUCCUCCAUCCCUCCCUUCCUCCAUCCCUCCCUUCCUCCAUCCCUCCCUUCCUCCAUCCCUCCCUUCCCCCCCUCCCUCCCUCCCUCCCUCCUCCAUCCUCCCUUCCUCCAUCCCUCCCUCCAUCCCUCCAUCCCUUCCUCCAUCCCUCCCUUCCUCCAUCCCUCCCUUCCUCCAUCCCUCCCUUCCUCCAUCCCUCCCUUCCUCCAUCCCUCCCUUCCUCCAUCCCUCCCUUCCUCCAUCCCUCCCUUCCUCCAUCCCUCCCUUCCUCCAUCCCUCCCUUCCUCCAUCCCUCCCUUCCUCCAUCCCUCCCUUCCUCCAUCCCUCCCUCCUCAUCCCUCCCUUCCUCCAUCCCUCCCUUCCUCCAUCCCUCCCUUCCUCCAUCCCUCCCUUCCUCCAUCCCUCCCUUCCUCCAUCCCUCCCUUCCUCCAUCCCUCCCUUCCUCCAUCCCUCCCUUCCUCCAUCCCUCCCUUCCUCCAUCCCUCCCUUCCUCCAUCCCUCCCUCCUUCCUCCAUCCCUCCUUCCUCCAUCCCUCCCUUCCUCCAUCCCUCCCUUCCUCCAUCCCUCCCUUCCUCCAUCCCUCCCUUCCUCCAUCCCUCCCUUCCUCCAUCCCUCCCUUCCUCCAUCCCUCCCUUCCUCCAUCCCUCCCUUCCUCCAUCCCUCCCUUCCUCCAUCCCUCCCUUCCUCCAUCCCUCCCUUCCUCCAUCCCUCCCUUCCUCCAUCCCUCCCUUCCUCCAUCCCUCCCUUCCUCCAUCCCUCCCUUCCUCCAUCCCUCCCUUCCUCCAUCCCUCCCUUCCUCCAUCCCUCCCUUCCUCCAUCCCUCCUCCAUUCCCUCCCUUCCUCCAUCCCUCCCUUCCUCCCUCCCUUCCUCCAUCCCUCCCUUCCUCCAUCCCUCCCUUCCUCCAUCCCUCCCUUCCUCCAUCCCUCCCUUCCUCCAUCCCUCCCUUCCUCCAUCCCUCCCUUCCUCCAUCCCUCCCUUCCUCCAUCCCUCCCUUCCUCCAUCCCUCCCUUCCUCCAUCCCUCCCUUCCUCCAUCCCUCCCUUCCUCCAUCCCUCCCUUCCUCCAUCCCUCCCUUCCUCCAUCCCUCCCUUCCUCCAUCCCUCCCUUCCUCCAUCCCUCCCUUCCUCCAUCCCUCCCUUCCUCCAUCCCUCCUCCAUCCCUCCCUUCCUCCAUCCCUCCCUUCCUCCAUCCCUCCCUUCCUCCAUCCCUCCCUAUCCCUCCCUUCCUCCAUCCCUCCCUUCCUCCAUCCCUCCCUUCCUCCAUCCCUCCCUUCCUCCAUCCCUCCCUUCCUCCAUCCCUCCCUUCCUCCAUCCCUCCCUUCCUCCAUCCCUCCCUUCCUCCAUCCCUCCCUUCCUCCAUCCCUCCCUUCCUCCAUCCCUCCCUUCCUCCAUCCCUCCCUUCCUCCAUCCCUCCCUUCCUCCAUCCCUCCCUUCCUCCAUCCCUCCCUUCCUCCAUCCCUCCCUUCCUCCAUCCCUCCCUUCCUCCAUCCCUCCCUUCCUCCAUCCCUCCCUUCCUCCAUCCCUCCCUUCCUCCAUCCCUCCCUUCCUCCAUCCCUCCCUUCCUCCAUCCCUCCCUUCCUCCAUCCCUCCCCUUCCUCCAUCCCUCCCUUCCUCCAUCCCUCCCUUCCUCCAUCCCUCCCUUCCUCCAUCCCUCCCUCCAUCCCUCCCUUCCUCCAUCCCUCCCUUCCUCCAUCCCUCCCUUCCUCCAUCCCUCCCUUCCUCCAUCCCUCCCUUCCUCCAUCCCUCCCUUCCUCCAUCCCUCCCUUCCUCCAUCCCUCCCUUCCUCCAUCCCUCCCUUCCUCCAUCCCUCCCUUCCUCCAUCCCUCCCUUCCUCCAUCCCUCCCUUCCUCCAUCCCUCCCUUCCUCCAUCCCUCCCUUCCUCCAUCCCUCCCUUCCUCCAUCCCUCCCUUCCUCCAUCCCUCCCUUCCUCCAUCCCUCCCUUCCUCCAUCCCUCCCUUCCUCCAUCCCUCCCUUCCUCUCCCUCCCUUCCUCCAUCCCUCCCUUCCUCCAUCCUCCCUCCCUUCCUCCAUCCCUCCCUUCCUCCAUCCCUCCCUUCCUCCAUCCCUCCCUUCCUCCAUCCCUCCCUUCCUCCAUCCCUCCCUCCCUCCAUCCCUCCCUUCCUCCAUCCCUCCCUUCCUCCAUCCCUCCCUUCCUCCAUCCCUCCCUUCCUCCAUCCCUCCCUUCCUCCAUCCCUCCCUUCCUCCAUCCCUCCCUUCCUUUCCAUCCCUCCCUUCCUCCAUCCCUCCCUUCCUCCAUCCCUCCCUUCCUCCAUCCCUCCCUUCCUCCAUCCCUCCCUUCCUCCAUCCCUCCCUUCCUCCAUCCCUCCCUUCCUCCAUCCCUCCCUUCCUCCAUCCCUCCCUUCCUCCAUCCCUCCCUCCCUCCUCCAUCCCUCCCUUCCUCCAUCCCUCCCUUCCUCCAUCCCUCCCUUCCUCCAUCCCUCCCUUCCUCCAUCCCUCCCUUCCUCCAUCCCUCCCUUCCUCCAUCCCUCCCUUCCUCCAUCCCUCCCUUCCUCCAUCCCUCCCUUCCUCCAUCCCUCCCUUCCUCCAUCCCUCCCUCCUUCCUCCAUCCCUCCCUUCCUCCAUCCCUCCCUUCCUCCAUCCCUCCCUUCCUCCAUCCCUCCCCUUCCUCCAUCCCUCCCUUCCUCCAUCCCUCCCUUCCUCCAUCCCUCCCUUCCUCCAUCCCUCCCUUCCUCCAUCCCUCCCUUCCUCCAUCCCUCCCUUCCUCCAUCCCUCCCUUCCUCCAUCCCUCCCUUCCUCCAUCCUCCCUUCCUCCUCCCUCCCUCCAUCCCUCCCUUCCUCCAUCCCUCCCUUCCUCCAUCCCUCCCUUCCUCCAUCCCUCCCUUCCUCCAUCCCUCCCUUCCUCCAUCCCUCCCUUCCUCCAUCCCUCCCUUCCUCCAUCCCUCCCUUCCUCCAUCCCUCCCUCCUCCAUCCCUCCCUUCCUCCAUCCCUCCCUUCCUCCAUCCCUCCCUUCCUCCAUCCCUCCCUUCCUCCAUCCCUCCCUUCCUCCAUCCCUCCCUUCCUCCAUCCCUCCCUUCCUCCAUCCCUCCCUUCCUCCAUCCCUCCCUUCCUCCAUCCCUCCCUUCCUCCAUCCCUCCCUUCCUCCAUCCCUCCAUCCCUCCCUCCUCCAUCCCUCCCUUCCUCCAUCCCUCCCUUCAUCCCUCCCUUCCUCCAUCCCUCCCUUCCUCCAUCCCUCCCUUCCUCCAUCCCUCCCUUCCUCCAUCCCUCCCUUCCUCCAUCCCUCCCUUCCUCCAUCCCUCCCUUCCUCUCCCUCCCUCCCUUCCUCCAUCCCUCCCUUCCUCCAUCCCUCCCUUCCUCCAUCCCUCCCUUCCUCCAUCCCUCCCUUCCUCCAUCCCUCCCUUCCUCCAUCCCUCCCUUCCUCCAUCCCUCCCUUCCUCCAUCCCUCCCUUCCUCCAUCCCUCCCUUCCUCCAUCCCUCCCUUCCUCCAUCCCUCCCUUCCUCCAUCCCUCCCUUCCUCCAUCCCUCCCUUCCUCCAUCCCUCCCUUCCUCCAUCCCUCCCUUCCUCCAUCCCUCCCUUCCUCCAUCCCUCCCUUCCUCCAUCCCUCCCUUCCUCCAUCCCUCCCUUCCUCCAUCCCUCCCUUCCUUCCUCCAUCCCUCCCUUCCUCCAUCCCUCCCUUCCUCCAUCCCUCCCUUCCUCCAUCCCUCCCUUCCUCCAUCCCUCCCUUCCUCCAUCCCUCCCUUCCUCCAUCCCUCCCUCCAUCCCUCCCUUCCUCCAUCCUCCCUUCCUCCAUCCCUCCCUUCCUCCAUCCCUCCCUCCUUCCUCCUUCCUCCCUUCCUCCAUCCCUCCCUUCCUCCAUCCCUCCUUCCUCCAUCCCUCCCUUCCUCCAUCCCUCCCUUCCUCCAUCCCUCCCUUCCUCCAUCCCUCCCUUCCUCCAUCCCUCCCUUCCUCCAUCCCUCCCUUCCUCCAUCCCUCCCUUCCUCCAUCCCUCCCUUCCUCCAUCCCUCCCUUCCUCCAUCCCUCCCUUCCUCCAUCCCUCCCUUCCUCCAUCCCUCCCUUCCUCCAUCCCUCCCUUCCCUCCAUCCCUCCCUUCCUCCAUCCCUCCCUUCCUCCAUCCCUCCCUUCCUCCAUCCCUCCCUUCCUCCAUCCCUCCCUUCCUCCAUCCCCCCUUCCUCCAUCCCCCUCCCUUCCUCCAUCCCUCCCUUCCUCCAUCCCUCCCUUCCUCCAUCCCUCCCUUCCUCCAUCCCUCCCUUCCUCCAUCCCUCCCUUCCUCCAUCCCUCCCUUCCUCCAUCCCUCCCUUCCUCCAUCCCUCCCUUCCUCCAUCCCUCCCUUCCUCCAUCCCUCCCUUCCUCCAUCCCUCCCUUCCUCCAUCCCUCCCUUCCUCCAUCCCUCCCUUCCUCCAUCCCUCCCUUCCUCCAUCCCUCCCUUCCUCCAUCCCUCCCUUCCUCCAUCCCUCCCUUCCUCCAUCCCUCCCUUCCUCCAUCCCUCCCUUCCUCCAUCCCUCCCUUCCUCCAUCCCUCCCUUCCUCCAUCCCUCCCUUCCUCCAUCCCUCCCUUCCUCCAUCCCUCCCUUCCUCCAUCCCUCCCUUCCUCCAUCCCUCCCUUCCUCCAUCCCUCCCUUCCUCCAUCCCUCCCUUCCUCCAUCCCUCCCUUCCUCCAUCCCUCCCUUCCUCCAUCCCUCCCUUCCUCCAUCCCUCCCUUCCUCCAUCCCUCCCUUCCUCCAUCCCUCCCUUCCUCCAUCCCUCCCUUCCUCCAUCCCUCCCUUCCUCCCUCCUCCAUCCCUUUCCUCCAUCCCUCCCUUCCUCCAUCCCUCCCUUCCUCCAUCCCUCCCUUCCUCCAUCCCUCCCUUCCUUCCUCCAUCCCUCCCUUCCUCCAUCCCUCCCUUCCUCCAUCCCUCCCUUCCUCCAUCCCUCCCUUCCUCCAUCCCUCCCUUCCUCCAUCCCUCCCUUCCUCCAUCCCUCCCUUCCUCCAUCCCUCCCUUCCUCCAUCCCUCCCUUCCUCCAUCCCUCCCUUCCUCCAUCCCUCCCUCCUCCAUCCCUCCCUUCCUCCAUCCCUCCCUUCCUCCAUCCCUCCCUUCCUCCAUCCCUCCCUUCCUCCAUCCCUCCCUUCCUCCAUCCCUCCCUUCCUCCAUCCCUCCCUUCCUCCAUCCCUCCCUUCCUCCAUCCCUCCCUUCCUCCAUCCCUCCCUUCCUCCAUCCCUCCCUUCCUCCAUCCCUCCCUUCCUCCAUCCCUCCCUUCCUCCAUCCCUCCCUUCCCUUCCUCCAUCCCUCCCUUCCUCCAUCCCUCCCUUCCUCCAUCCCUCCCUUCCUCCAUCCCUCCCUUUCCUCCAUCCCUCCCUUCCUCCAUCCCUCCCUUCCUCCAUCCCUCCCUUCUUCCUCCAUCCCUCCCUUCCUCCAUCCCUCCCUUCCUCCAUCCCUCCCUUCCUCCAUCCCUCCCUUCCUCCAUCCCUCCCUUCCUCCAUCCCUCCCUUCCUCCAUCCCUCCCUUCCUCCAUCCCUCCCUUCCUCCAUCCCUCCCUCCCUUCCUCCAUCCCUCCCUUCCUCCAUCCCUCCCUUCCUCCAUCCCUCCCUUCCUCCAUCCCUCCCUUCCUCCAUCCCUCCCUUCCUCCAUCCCUCCCUUCCUCCAUCCCUCCCUUCCUCCAUCCCUCCCUUCCUCCAUCCUCCCUUCCUCCAUCCCUCCCUUCCUCCAUCCCUCCCUUCCUCCAUCCCUCCCUUCCUCCAUCCCUCCCUUCCUCCAUCCCUCCCUUCCUCCAUCCCUCCCUUCCUCCAUCCCUCCCUUCCUCCAUCCCUCCCUUCCUCCAUCCCUCCCUUCCUCCAUCCCUCCCUUCCUCCAUCCCUCCCUUCCUCCUCCCUCCCUUCCUCCAUCCCUCCCUUCCUCCAUCCCUCCCUCCCUCCCCCUCCCUCCAUCCCUCCCUUCCUCCAUCCCUCCCUUCCUCCAUCCCUCCCUUCCUCCAUCCCUCCCUUCCUCCAUCCCUCCCUUCCUCCAUCCCUCCCUUCCUCCAUCCCUCCCUUCCUCCAUCCCUCCCUUCCUCCAUCCCUCCCUUCCUCCAUCCCUCCCUUCCUCCAUCCCUCCCUUCCUCCAUCCCUCCCUUCCUCCAUCCCUCCCUUCCUCCAUCCCUCCCUUCCUCCAUCCCUCCCUUCCUCCAUCCCUCCCUUCCUCCAUCCCUCCCUUCCUCCAUCCCUCCCUUCCUCCAUCCCUCCCUUCCUCCAUCCCUCCCUUCCUCCAUCCCUCCCUCCCCUUCCCCCUGCUCCCCCUUCCCCUCAGGUGGCUGCAGCAAUGAGCACCGCUGUCGUCUCAGUGGCUGCAGCAAUGAGCACCACCUUCGUGUCGGUGCGAGCCGAUGCAACAGUAAGAGAAGCCGUGCAGGCCCUCCUUGAAGGCCGAUCAGACUGUGCCAUGGUGGUGGAUGCAGAGGGGCUGCUGGAAGGCACGUUGGGCUCACAUCCAUUCGUUCCCUGCCCCCUUCACCCCACUCCUCCCCCCUCUCCCCAGGUGGCUGCAGCAAUGAGCACCACCUUCGUGUCGGUGCGAGCCGAUGCAACAGUGGCUGCAGCAAUGAGCACCACCUUCGUGUCGGUGCGAGCCGAUGCAACAGUAAGAGAAGCCGUGCAGGCCCUCCUUGAGGGGCGAUCAGACUGUGCCAUGGUGGUGGAUGCAGAGGGGCUGCUGGAAGGCACGCUCUCUCUGUCUGACGUGCACCGGGAGCUUCGCCGGUCCUCCAUCAUUAGUGCUGCCGGCACGGCCAGCCACCGAGGCUCGGCGAUCGCCGGACCUGGAGGCUCGGGCGGGAGUGUGAGAGGGUCGGUUGCGGGUGGGGUGGCUGGUGGUUCAGGAGGAGGGGGAGGAGGAGGAGGGGGGAGUCAUAGAGGUUCGGCAGUGUCGGUAGGGCUUAUGCCUGUGGGAGGAGUGGGAGGGGUGGGUGGAAUGGGAGGAUUGGAAAGGGCGCUGUCACACAGAGCAUCUGUUGCUGCCUCUGAACUGGCUCCUGGAGGCCUGGAGGUGCACGAGAUGCUGGUGGGAGCAGUGUGCACCGGCACAACAGCCCACGGAGACUACGACCUCGUCGUCUGCUUCCCAGACCAGACGCUGCGUGCCGCCCGCCACCUAAUGCUGCCGAGAAACCUCACGGUGUUGCCUGUGGUGUCUCGGUCCGGCAAGCGGUGGCAGGACCGGGGGAGGAAGCUGGUUGGGGUCCUGGAGGCAUCAGCUAUCCGUGCCACAUGCCAAGCGGAGGCAACUCGCCGGAUUUUGGGAGUACCGGAGGAGCCACAAGAAGCAUCACAUGCGCAAAAGUCCCCGUCGGAUAGCCCUCGCGAGCUGCGUCAGAUCUUCUUCAAGGCGGGUGUGCCCAUGACGCCCAAGGAGUACCUGUGGCCCCACCCUGUGGCUUCAGCGACAGAAAAAUCUGGAAAAACACCUGAGGGACCACCUCGGGUACGACCUGGUGUGGCACCUGACGACGAUUCGUCCAACCGCCCCGCGGCAGAAUCGUCUCGUAAAAUCAAGGACCCGUGGAGAUCGUCAGAGCUUCAUCCUGCCGUCGAUUCGCCGGAAUUGUCUGCUAAAACGAAGGACUCCAUAGCGGCUCCGGAAGCUGUUGCAACUGCUGCUGGUGGUAAGACCACGGACCCGCCUGGUGACAGCCCCGAUGCAGGAACACGGGGAGACAAAAGGACGGAGGGGGAGGGAGGGACUCUCUCGUCUAAAGCUCCCCCUUCUGGUAAACGGAGGUAUGGCAGCACGGUGAUGCUUCCCCGGUCCUUGUUCAGGAGGAGGGGGCGGGAUAGUCAGUCGGGGAAGGAACGUGAGUUUGAGAUUGGGUCGGGGGAAACUGUUGAGUUGCCUCAACAGGGGCGCGAGAUUGCGUCACGGGAAGGGAGAGGGGUUUCUGGAGGGGAUGCGGGUGAGGAAAUCCGUGCCGUUGGUGUCGGCGAGCAGUUGACGGCCGUUGAUCUUGGACUGGAGAAAGGAGGCGGAAGGGCGGCAGCGGGAGAGAGGAGGGCGGAGGGGGAGGGGAGCAGUGCGGGGGAGAGGGGAGGGAAGGCGGAAGGGGAGGUGCAACCGCCAGGUGGUUUUGUGAAGAAGGAGAAGGGGGCCUUAUCUGCUGAGAGUAAGGGGAGUGAGGAGAGUGAAGAGAGAGAGGAGGGAGAGGAGGGUGAGAAGAGAGAGGUGAUCCAUACUAAGGGCGAAGUCUUUGGAAGGGAGGGAGUCAGGGAAGGUGGAGGUGGAGAAUCAGGGAGGGAAGCAGGAGAAGGACGGGGAGUGGUGCGAGGGCAAGAGGAGAGGGUUGGUACGGCUGGUAAGGCGGAGAGGGCGGAAGGCUCAAUGGGAGUGAUGACGCUGAGGCGCAUGAAAGACGCACUGAGAAGCAUGCUGUGGCUGCAACGGGUGCAGCAGACACGUACUCGUGCACCAGUCACUGUCUCUGCUGCUGCCGGUGGCAGUGCUUCUGCCUCUGCUGCCAGGACCCCCCCUCGCCUUGACCUCUCUGCUGCUCCUCCGUCCCCUGCUGCGGAAGCUGCUGAGAAGCUUCGGGAGCGGGCGCGACGGAUGGGGAUAAGGCGUCAGGCGCAGUUUGAGGCAAGGGGAGCGCAGAUGGGGAAGACUGAGAGGGAGGAGCAGGUGGAGGGGGUGUUUACAGCUGCAGAGAGGGAGAAAAUGAGGGACACGCAAGGUAGCAUUCAACAGGCAACCAAGGCACUCAAGGGAAGGUCGUCUAGCCUUGGAAGUCGGGGAAAUCGGGAUGAGAUGGUUAAGUCGGAUGAGCCAGUGGGUGUUGGGCCGGUUUUGAGUGGACGGGAGUUGAAGCAGAUGAAAGGGACGCAAGAGAUGGUGAAGUCUGCUUCUUGGAACCUGAAGUGGGACGCUGAGGAGUUCAGAGAAGAGUAA